AUGCGCAUAUAUUCAAAGGCCUGUGCCGGUCGCCUUUGGAACUCCCGACUGGUGCUAGACGGCCAAAAACGAUGGACCUCAUACAACAAAGCUGCGCUGGAUCGGGCAGCCCUCCUCGAACAAAUCGAAUCGGAACUUGGUCGCAUGAAGGCUGGCAAACGUGUGAAGAUCAAUCCCGAAUCGCGAACUAUCAAAACAGAUGCUGGAGAAUUGCCAAUAUCUCCGAUGAUGGACCCAGGAUGGAUUGAUAAAAGACGACGGCCUAAAAAGGCAGAGCCGACACGAAUAUCGGGCAACUUUCGAAUUAACCUUUCAAGUAACCCAUACGCGGAAGCAUUGAUGUCGCCAAUGCGAUGGUGCAAAAAUACACAUGCGAUUCUUCCCCGGUAUUUCCUGCAAGACUUCGAAUUGGUCGAGCAUCCAGACCCUAAGCAGACGAGCGCCUGGUUCGCGCCAGGUCCAUUAAGUUUUGAGCGGGUCACGCCACGGCAUAUCGAAGGCGGCUUUGGGUCUGGGAACUCGGUUAAGCACGACCAGAAGGCGGGUCCCAAAAAGCAGCUUUGGGAGGUACCCAAGGAACCUACGCCCGCAGCUCAGAAGAUGGAUGCACAAGUCGAAUCAGCAGAAGAAGAAGCUGAGGCAAUAUUACAAUCCGGGUUGGAAGCUACGGCCGAAGUUGCAGCUCCUGAUGAAGCAUUGGGAGAAGACGAACUUGACACCUAUGAAAACGGCAGAGAUCCAAGAUUUCGAGCGCCUUUUGUUUCUUAUGCGCUGGCGCGCAAGAGCGUGAUCGAUAUGAUUGGUAGACGGAAGAACUACCAAGGCAGGAUGUCAGCUCGUAGCGGUAUGGCAUCCCUUCGAACUAUUAACCAAAAGGUCUUCCGACCUGAUAUGGGUGAUGUGCUACUCAAGAUGCUACGACAUCUAGCCGUUGAUACCCUCAUUACGCGCAGUGCUAGAGAAGGAAAGAAACCAGACAUGUUUAUUACCCCAGUUAAGAGCUGGGAAGAGGCCAAGAAGCACGUUGGUCGUGGUUCCAUACUAUAUAUCCCGAAUGAGGAUAUGGAGGAUGCGAAUAGUUACGCGACUCUCGACGUGGCGGACGCCAAUUAUGCAAGUAAGGUCGCAGUCCACGACUUACGAUAUCUUCUUGGAGAGGAAGAGCUCAAUCGAUUGAGAAGCGAGUCUAAGGCUUUCAGUGAUUACGAUAUCUUGAUAUUGACGCACCAUAGGAGUUUAAGCAUGCGUAAACUGCAUAUGCUCCUUUGGAAGUUACAAGGAUACUUGGCGUUGCCUGAGGUUGAGCCCAUUGAGGGGAGGGAAUAUUAA